AUGUCUGCCUGCACGGAGAUCCGCCUCGGGCGCCAAAGAUUUGCCAGUCGCAAUUUGCAGUUGUCGGUGACCGUGACGGCCAUCGCCGAGCUGUCCUGGCGGACAGCCGGAUCAGAGGUUCUCGGUCCAUAUGCGUCAGCCGAACGUGUCGCACAGCUCGUCCGAGCGGGCCGUCUAUGGGUUGGCUGUGGAGGGAGCGCUUUUGGCCUUGUGGUGUAUCCAACAUUGCAGCGACAACACAUCCUGCUACGAGGUAACAGCAAGGACAGUGAGAGCGAUAGCACAUAUUCAGCAGGAUGGCUUGCCAAGGCCGUUCUGAGCUGGCCGGCCUGGGACCGCCUCGGACUCGUCGUUCGUCUGGAUGGCAAUGACAAAGACGGCACUGGUCGCUGGCAGUCGGGCGACCGUCGGUGGGAUGCGGGCCGGCUCUUCUUUUCUGUGACGCAUCCGUCCUCACCGGGCGGACUCUGUGCACCUGCCGGUGUCCCACAGGCUCAGUUCAGGCGGGUCGUGUGCCACUUGAACUUUGCUCUGCACCUAGACGGGCCAGAGCUGGGCAUAUCAUCGACAGCGGAGGCGAACGUCGAGAGGAAGCGCAUCAAGAAACACGGUAAGACACGGCCACAAGCAAUGGUCGCGCAGAGUGAGACCCGGAGGUCAACGAGAACACGCGCAUCAAACAAGCGGCGGAGAGUGGCCAAACCGGCAAAAGCACCUGCCAGUACCAUAUUCGGCGACUGUGAGCUCAGAACAAAGGCCUCUACGUUGAUCGAAGCGUCGCUCUACGUUCUCGUAGGGAUCAAAGGUCGAGUCCUAGGCGUGCGGUCAAUCGAACCUUUUUAUGUCAAGCCGUUGCCAUCCCUGAUUAGCAUCGCUCCAGCAGUCUGGAACUACCGACACUUUCAGUUUUCGUACCACCUAUAUGCACCCUUUUGA